AUGGAAGAGGAUGAGGAUGAUGAACAUAGAAGGCUUCAAGCCUCACAUUCCCGUUGUGUCAUGGAAGUUGUGGGUCAAAUAGCCAAACCCAGAUAUGCUGCAAAUUUCGAUAGAAAAAGGGAAAGACGAGGUCUUAUUCCUAAGCAAAAAAUUACGGUUGCCUUGCAAAUGCUUUCAUAUGGAGCAUCUGCAGAUCAAGUGGAUGAGAUCGCGAUGAUGGGAAAAACAACUGUUCUGGAGUCCCUGAUGCGGUUUCGCUUUGCAAUUGAAGCCUUCUACUCCAAUGAGUACCUCCAGAAACCCAUGCCAAGGGACAUGCGAAGGCUUCUGAGGAAGGGUGAGAUGCGAGGCUUCCCUGGCAUGAUUAGAAGCAUCGGCUACAUGCACUGGACUUGGAAAAACUGUCCAAGAGCUCAGAAUGACCUAAAUGUUCUUACCCAAUCUCCAGUGUUCAACGAAUUACUACAAGGAAAAGCGCUGAGAUGCACAUAUUGGGUUAAUGGUCAUAAAUACGACGGAGCAUACUACCUUGUAGACGACAUUUACCCAAGGUGGACAACAUUUGUUAAAAGAGUGCCACAUCCACAGAGUGAAAAAGAAAAACACUUUGCAAAAUGUCAAGAGGGGUAUAGGAAGGAUGUGAAGCAUUGUUUUGCUGCAUCACGUCUCUCAGUAGCUGCUAAGAUUGCUGCCAUAGUUGUAGCUUUUGCCUCAUCUCUAGCUACUUCCCGUGCCAUGUUCAAUUCACAAUGA